CCAUGAAAACAACAAUCUUAUUAUUGCUGUAUAUUAUUAAUUAGGCAUAUUGCCAAUAAAAUGAUGAAAUCUUAGGAUAUAUGUAUGUGUUUGCUUAAGAAUGGCCAGGAUCUAUUUGCAAAUUUUAAAAGUGUACAAAAACAUAUAUGGGAAAUUAUGAUAAUGCUAGAUGGAAUACACAUGGAUUAUGGCCAAAUACAAUGUUACAAACUAGUUGUGGGAUGAUAUUCAAUUGCAAAGAUGAAGAAUAUGAUGAAGAUAAAUUAACAAUUGCUACUAAGACAUUAAUUGAUGUUACUUGGAAUGGUAUGUAUUCAGAUACAUUCACAUUCAGAAAGUAUUUGAUUGUAAUUAUUAUGUAGACAUGAAUGGGAGAAACAUGGAACUUGUCAUCCAGAUAAUCUCUCAUAAAAUGGUUAUAUGUCAAGAGUUGGAAAUCUUAAUAAUCAAUAUAAUUAUUAUAAAAUAUUAGCAUCAGCUGGAAUCUAUCCAGAUGAUGAUAGAUAAUUAACAGAUGGUGAAGUUAGAGCAGCAUUUACUAAAGUAUUAGGAAUAUCAACAGCAAUGUCAUAUACAUGUUAAAAAGAUUGUAAAUAUUAUUAUUUAUUAAUUAAGCAUCAACUGGUAAAUUUUAUAUUGCUGAAUUAAGAACNUGCAUAACGUACAUUUAUUAAAAAAGCAACAGCAUGAUAUUAUUAUACAUAAAAAUAAAUAAAUACAUUAACAAAAUGGUCUAAAUGAAAGGGAUGUUAAUUAUUUAGAAGCUUAUUAAUAAAAAUGUUUUUGUUUAUUAAAUAAUUAAUACUAUGCAUUAACAUCCCAAUAUUUGUCCAACACAAUCUUUCUAUUAAGAGAAGUGCAUGCAAAAUAGAAAAAGAUUAUUAGAGCAAUUUAAAAGCACAAAUUUUAACAAAUAAUAUCCUUGUAUACAAGAAAAUUAAGAAUAAUCUAUUCAUCAAAUUGAGCCUUCUUAACUUUAAUCUGUUUAAGAUAAUAUAUAAGAUAAUAAUGAUAAUUGUGAAAUUAAAGAAUCAGAAAAAUAACAAUUGAUAGAAAAUAAUCAAUCUAAUUAAAAAAAGAUCCUCAUGUAAUUUAAAUUCAAAACUAAGUUGUCUUAAUAAAUAAAAUCUAAUGAACUAUCAAAUUUAUUGGUUUAAUAAUCAACAGAAGAUAAUGAUAAAUAAAUAACCAAUAAAAAUUAAAAUACUGUUGAAACUUAAACUGAUUUAAUAUGUAAUGAAAAUUAAGAAAAAUAAAAAAAUAAACCUAAAGUUAUUGAUGAUCAUUGUUAGACUACAGAAGAUAUUCCAAUUUAAACAUUAAUUAUCUAAUAAAUGAAGGAAGAUGCAUUAAAACCAAAUAAAUAAUGGUAUUCAAUAAAUUUAAAUUCAUCAAUUCAUCCUAAAUUAUAAAUGACUGAAAAAUUUAUGUCAGAUAAUAAAGUAGCAAUUGAUUAUUUUGAUUGUCUUAAGAAUAAAUUAGAUGAAAAUUGA